GAGGGAAACCCUGGCGGGGAGACUCGGCCCCCAAAGCGGAGGCCGUCUGAGGUGUCCGCGGCAGCCGGUGAGGGGGAGGAAUGUGGCCUCAUGGAUGAGCUGGUACAUGACUUAGCCUCAGCCUUGGAGCAGACAUCUGAGCAGAGCAAGCUUGGUGAACUGUGGGAGGAGAUGGCUCUCAGUCCUCGGCAGCAGAGGCGGCAGCUUCGGAAACGGAGAGGCCGGAAGCGCCGUUCAGACUUCACUCACCUGGCAGAGCAUACCUGCUGUUACAGUGAGGCCUCUGAGUCAAGUCUGGAUGAGGCCAUUAGGGACUGUCGAGAAAUGGCCCCGGUCACCAAUUUUAGUGACUCUGAUGACACAAUGGUAGCUAAACGGCAUCCAGCUCUCAAUGCCCUUGUUAAGAGUAAGCAGCAUUCUUGGCAUGAAUCUGAUUCCUUUACUGAAAAUGCGCCCUGUCGACCACUCAGGCGCCGAAGGAAGGUGAAGCGAGUGACGUCAGAAGUGGCUGCCAGUCUUCAGCAGAAGCUUAAGGUAUCAGAUUGGAGCUAUGAGAGAGGCUGCAGGUUCAAGUCUGCGAAAAAGCAGCGCCUGUCCCGUUGGAAGGAGAAUACUCCCUGGACCUCAUCAGGCCGCGGGUUGUGUGAAUCAGCAGAAAAUAGGACUUUCCUGAGCAAAACGGGAAGGAAAGAAAGAAUGGAGUGUGAAGCAGAUGAACAAAAACAGGGCUCUGAUGAAAACAUGUCGGAAUGUGAAACCAGCAGUGUGUGUAGCAGCAGUGACACGGGGCUCUUUACCAAUGACGAAGGACGGCAAGGUGAUGAUGAGCAGAGCGAUUGGUUCUAUGAAGGAGAAUGUGUUCCAGGAUUCACUGUCCCUAAUCUUCUGCCAAAGUGGACUCCUGAUCACUGCUCUGAAGUAGAAAGAGUGGAUUCUGGACUCGAUAAACUUUCAGAUUCCACAUUCCUUUUACCUUCUCGACCAGUUCAAAGAGGGUACCAUGCACGCUUGAAUCGUCUGCCGGGAGCUGCAGCUCGAUGCCUCAGAAAGGGGCGAAGAAGGCUUGUUGGGAAGGAGACCAGUAUAAGUACAUUGGGUACUGAGAGGAUAGGCCACAUCAUCAGUGACCCUCGGCAGAAAGAAAAGAAUAAAGCAUUGGCUUCUGAUUUUCCUCACAUUUCUACUUGUGCAAAUGAGUUUAAUCCACUUUCUCCCCUUUACUCUCUGGAUGUUCUUGCUGACGCUUCUCAUCGAAGAUGUUCACCAGCGCAUUGCUCUGCCAGACAGACUAACAUACACUUGGCACCCCCAUGUUCACGUGACAUCAAGAGGAAACGGAAACCUGUGGCCACAGCGUCUCUGUCUAGCCCAAAUGCAGUUCAUUCAGAUGCAGUGGAGCCUAUGACACCAGCAUCACAGACCCAGAAAUCUCCAAACUCUGAGUGGUUGGUCAGGACCUGUGCCACAGAGAAAGCCACGGACCAGGCUGCAACUACAUUUUUUAAAAUGCCACAAGAAAAGAGCCCUGGAUGCAGCUAAAGAGCAGUAUUUUACUCAGGAGCUGUCUGGUUUUUGUGCAAAUGUUAGACUUUGUAUUAUAGAGCCUUGCAUAUCUUUGACAUUCCCAGUCCUUUCACCACCAGGGCUGACUCUUCUUCAGACAAAGGAGUAGAAAAAUCGUAUUGUGGAAAUUCAUAAAAAAAAUAAUCAUUAAAAAAAUUAGUAAAGUAUUGGGGCAGCAAUUAAAAACAAAGUCAUCCUGUGCUAUAUUUGUUACAUUACUAUUGCUGUCUCAGUAGUUACAUAGAGCUCCAUUUAUAGAGCUUUUGCUUUUUUGCAGGUGUGUCUGUUCUUAAAAAACUAGUAGUUGCUUUUGCAUACCUUUUGUGUAGAGCUUUUAAUCACUUGAGGACGUUCCAAAUUUGCAGACAAUUCCAGACAAAUUUAAACUUCGAGUUAAGAACAGCAUGAAAUUGUGUUCUGUAGGAGGUAAGACUUGCCUUUGAGCCUGGUCUUAAUUCACUGAGUGGCGUGCCAAUAAGACAAGUCCACCAAGUUCUCAAUCUGGAGCUUCAGAAGAGACACCAGCAGCACAGGCCUUAGGAAUAUCUUUCCUUUUUCUAGAAGGCCUAAUGGGAUCGCCAGCAUCUACAUUGUAUUUUGCCUCAUCUCCAAAGUUCAUGUUCUACCAAAAGACAAUAUAUAGACACACAAAAUCGUGUAAUGAAAAGAUGGUUUUAAGUGUACAGCAAACUUCAAGUAGUCAGUGAAUUGUUUCUUAAUACUUCAUGUUGCAUUUAACCUCUAUGUAAUAAACGGGAUUUUAUUGUUAGUAUUAUAGGUCAGUAACCUGUAACAGACUUUCAUACUCUAUUAUUGUAAUGGCUUAGAGCUAUCCCUUGAGGAAAAAUGUCUUUUUGACAUGCCAUUAUACUUGGCGUGUUUAUGAUGGCUUAGCUGCAUGGAGAGUUAAUAUAUACAGCCAUGCCUGAAGUUAGAUGCUACUUUGUCAAAAUGAGGAAUAAGUCACUGCCUAGAGCUGCUGGAGAGAAGCCACCCUUUCUAAAAAAGUAUUAUCAAGACUGUCUGUCAUUCAGAGGCCUGAUUGACAGAAGGACUCUUUUUUGGUACUGUUGAGUGUUUUUUUCCUCUAAAAUACACUGAAGUUUUUUCUUUAAGUGCCCACUGCUCUAGUAAUGUUCUCAAGGAACACCUACUCCUGCACCUGGAUAUUUUCUGUGCUUAAAUAGAUGCUGAGUGGGAUAGACCCUUCCCCUGCAGCACAGUUACUUACCCCUUUUUCUCACACAAAAUGUCAUGAUGGGCUGCUCUAUCAUUGUGUCCCCUUUGAAAAUUAGAGUCCAUAACUGUGAUCGCUCCAGAAUUUCCUUAUCAGCAGGAUGGGUGUGAAUCUGGUUAGAAAGCAGGACUUGCAGCUCAGUUUACAUAGCACUUUAUGGAAGACUGUAAAUUGUCAAUUAUUCUUAACAGAGAAUGUGGUAGAGGGAGGAACAGGUAGAGAUGUCAGGGGAGAAAUGGGGCUGAAGCCAACCCAGCACCUCCAGGGACCAUCCCUGCCUCUCAUGAAGUAGUGAGUCUGCCUGCUCUGGGCUGCACCCAUAGUAGAAUAGAAACUGUAGUGUCUUAAAUAUAAAAUGGUACCAUUAAGUUUUAGUGAUGAAGGUAGGUUUUGUUGUCACAUGUCCUUUCUUGCCUUAGUUCCAUAGUGCCCUGAGGCACACAUUUCUAACAUAAUUUGUUGGAUUUAAGGGGAAAAUUUUCACACUAAGCUCUGUGGCUCCCCAGUUGGUCCUGUGGUAGUGGCUUAUUUGAAGACUUCUGCAGUUCAGGUAGCAUCUUCUGACAAACUGCCUAGUAGUUUUCCUAGUAGUUACCUGUGAUUAAAAAUAAUUUAUAGCUAUAAUUUUAUUUGGAUUUUAAGCAUCUCUGAUGUAAAGGUAGGUGACUACUCCUAAGAACAGUCAUGAAGCUUAGUGACUUGCCCAGAAUCACAUAAUCAGUACUAUAAUCCCAGAUUUUCAGACUUUCUCUGCCCACAUUUAUAAUCUGGUGUCUCCUGCUCCAUGAGUCACUCUGAGACCCAUCUAGUGAGCUGGGAAUGUCAGUCAUCUCUUGGGUGUGCUUUUCUACAUAUUUUGAAUACUUUCAAUAAGGAUCACCCAAAAAUGCCAUUUCUUACUGUUACUAAGUGGGGAAGAAAAUUAAUUGCCUAAGAGUCAUUAAUCACAUAAUAUAUUUUCCAACACAGAGUUGUAAAUUGUGCUCCUCAUUUUAAGCCAGUUUGAGCUUGUAUACAGAAUUAUUAACUGGCUUGUUUUGCUUGUUUUCUGUAGGACUCAAUUCCAGAGAAAUAACCUGAGAAUUGAGUGUAUUUUGAAUCUUAGAAUUUAAAUUUCCUUUUUUAUGGCACUGUAUAAUGUCAUAAAUUUAAAGACAAUUACAUUAGAUUAAACAAAAGAUAUUUCAAAAUCAUGACUUUCUAAUUUGUUGAAAAAACUCUGGUAACAUAUCUUCCUUUGAGGAUGCUUGAGUUCAUGUGUAUUUGAUUUGCUCAAAAAUAAUAACUGAAGCUGGAUUCUUAUUUCAGGGAUCUGAUUUAUCCCAGUGGGCUGCACUAUCAGCCUGUCUGUAUCCUAAUCUUUUGUAUUUUCCACAGUGGGCAGAAGUCAAGACAUCUAGUUGCAUGAACUUCAUUUAUAAAAAUUUAGUUUUGUUUAUGGGUUUAAGGGAAUUUGGGAUUAUUUUGCAGAUGCACUAUUUUAAAGGAAACAAAAUCAUUUGCAUCCAUUGCUUUUGAGUGGAACUUUUCCAAAGAGGAAAUUAGUAGGUGUUUACAUGGUGCCAAGUUUGGGGCAGGCAGGGUAUGAUCUUUGAAUGGUCUGUGCUUGUUAAACAAGCAACCUUUACCUUGACUUCUUUAGAAAUUUAAUUCUGUUGAAAAUUUCAGAUUACAUUGUUUUCCUAGGCUAUGAAACAGGCUGUAAACAAGGUCACCUUGGCAACAGAACAACCAAAAACUGAACUACAGAUUUUUAAUGCUUAUGGCAUCCUUUGCUAAGUAAAACUUAAGACUUAGGGACAGGUCACUAAACUGUUAGUGAAAGUCAGGAUUAAUCUGACACAUUUGCAUUUUGGAAUAGAACACAAGAGACACAGAAUGGGAAGUUCUGAUGCUGCAAAGUAAAGGGGCAGUUAUCGCAGAAGUCACUUGAACAAGUUUCCAAGCCAUGUGUGUAAGGAGCGGGCAUUGUCAUUGCUAAGGUUAUGGGUUCUCCACUUUGGCUCCAGGUGAUGCAUGAUUCACUUCAGGGCUGUUUUAUUUUGGCUUCAUUACUGAGGUUCUGAAUCAGAACCUUGGGGAGAGGGCUGUUAUGAAUGUCCUAGAUUAGAAGCUGGAAAUCAGUUUACUCUGUGUCUGCUGAACCUUACCUGAGCUGGGAUCAGAACAGAGUGACUUAUUCUAACAGUUGUGAGUUCAGUUCAGUUGAGACAUAGCUUUCAAGACACCUGUGGUUCCUGGGAUGGUGGGAGGGGUAGUGGAAGCAGUUUGGUCUUGCUGUCAGCUGCUUCCUUUGUUAAUACUUGAACUGCUGGUUUUGCUUGUCAGUAUUUCUUUAUCUUCCACACCAUUCUGGAUAGUUAGUAGAUACUGGUGAUGGCAGCAGUCAGAUGGGUUCCCACCCCAUUAGAAAACUGGUACGUAGUAUAAAAUGUUGAAAUUGGUGAGUUCCGCUAUUAGCACUAAAUGCAAAUGGCCGAGAUGCUUUCACCUAUAUUAAGGUCCGAAAACAGAUAGGUGUUAGAUGCCUAGAAACAGUACCAUUUUCAAAGAAGCAAGGAAAAUGAGUGGAUGGUAAGGUUUUUUAACAAACCCAGGACAACAAAACUAUGGCCACGUGAAAUUUUCCUGCCAUUGCCAAUAGACACGAUAACUACUUGAUAAAAUUGCCAGGUUUAGGGAUAAAAAAUUUUCAAAUAGUAUUGAAGAAUGAGGCAGAUCUUAAAAAUGUUCACCAAGGAAAGCAAUGUUGGCAAGGUCCCGAAGUGAGAAGUCAAGGGUAAGAGAAGGGGAGAUGGUCAGAGCAGGGGUGCUUGGGUCCCUGGGCCAACAGCCUCAGCACAUUCUCGCUCCCACCAGACCUACUGAAUCAGCAUCUGAGGCUGAAGCCUGGCAGUGUUGUACUAGCCCUUUGGGGAACUCCGGUGCAUGCUAAUUAUUAGAACCACUAGCUUUGACACAGUUAAAAAGAAAUGUUUUAAUAUACUGGUUCCCCCUAAGCUCUGAGGUGCCCUUUAUUUCCCUCCAUAAGUAUAGAGAUGGCUUUGUGUAUGGUUCUUUGUAGAAAUUGUCAAUGUCUUUAUUUCCCACACUUUACCCCUCAAGUUCCUGAAAAGAUCCCCCUGGAAAUAUUGAGAAAGGUUGAUGUGGAGAAAAACACCAUCAAGGCCAUGUUUAUUUAGAUGGAUGCAAAUAACCUUUUAAAAGUGAAUUAAAAUAUAACAGUGAAUUUUCAGCCUGUAAGUGAUAGUCAUUUUUCACAAUUGCCAGUAAAAACAUUUGUGUAAGAUAACCGGCAUUAAAAUGUAACGUGUUUGUUCGUUACAUCUUUGUUUCAUGGGAGGAAAUUAUCAUGUAUAUUUUAGCAGCAUCAUGAUGAAGGCUUUAAGGUGUGGCUCACAAAAAUGGAAAGAAAUUUAAAGGAAAAAAACCAUUCAGAUACCUAUCAAUUGUGUAAUAAAUACCUGUCAAGUUACUGGUAAUCUCUUGCUAGGACUCAGUCUCAAUACUUCAGAGCAUAUAAAAACCAAUUUUCAGUGAUCCCCCUUAGUCAUGCCUUACUUACUGUCUUUGUUUUGCAUUUCAGCUAGUGAUUCUGCAAGAGUUGGGGACUAAUAGCAACAGCAUGUUUUUUUGUUGUUGUCUGACUCAUGAAUUCAGCAUUCAGAAUGUGGUACUAUGCUCUUAAUGCUUUGAAGUAAUCAUCACAAUUUUUUCUUUAAAUUUUAUUUGUAUGCAUUGAACUGGGCCCUAGCUUAUUACUAAAGCCUACAAACCCAGAUUCUCUCCACAGAUGAGAGCCCCCUCACAUAUCCUCACACUUUCCUCACCUCUUUCUGGCAAGUACCUAUCCUGCCCAGGACAAAUCCCUUCCUGUGUGUCCCAGACCCUCUCCUUUGUUCACAGAUGCCUUGCUCAGUGUAGCUAUCGCUGCUCCUGGCAUGCACAGCUUUGCCUUUAAACAUGUCCCAAGACUCCCUCUUCAAACAAAAAUACCUUUCCUCAGCCCUUUGAACCCCUUGGCUACCACCAAAGUACUGCCUUCACCUGCACGUUCUGUUGUCAGUCCCCUGAAGCAGUGGUUUUUAACCCUGGCUACACAUUAGAAUCACCUGGGGAGCAUAUUUUUUAAAGUCCUGAUUGUCUAGAUGGGCCCACAUGGACCACUUCCAUCAGAUGGCAAGGCGGGACAGGCUUCAGUCUGUUUCAUGCCGUGUACAGCCAGGGCUGAGGACCAACCACCACUUCAAAGUGGCCACCUCUUAUGCCACCAUUAAAAUAGUUUUGGGGAGCGUCACUGGUGUCUGCUGGUGGUCAAAGCUUAGUCCAUAAGUUGAUCUUUAUGAUUCAGUGCUCUGUAACCACUUCCUUGUUGGAAUUCUACCUUUUCUAAUCUUGCUCUUACACAAUGGGUGCAUUGGUUAGUAGGUCAGAUCUCCUUUCCCUCCAUUCCUUCAAAAACACACAUCCUGGGCCUCCCUGGUGGCGCGAGGGGGUUAAGACACAACCUAUGAAGCUAUCUGCAGCCUCUGCAGCACGAGUUCGAUCCCCGACCAACCAGGGAGCUACUGAAAUGGCACAGCAGACCUCUCCUGUCUCACACACUUCUCCCCUCAGCAGUGUAUUUCAGUCAAUCUGCCUGUUCUGUUCCCUACUCUGUCUCUGGUGAAUCCUCUCACAACCCCCCCCAUGCCUCUGGCCUGUACCCCAGUUCUUGUAUGCAUAAAUAAAUAAAUCUUAAAAAAAAAAAUCCUAUGAGUUCCAUUGCCAGACCACUUCAGGGACAGCACUUUUUAUAGCACAGACUUGGGUAAAGCCUUUACAUUUAUCAAUGAUUUUCGUAUACUUCUACGAAAGCAUCCUUGAGAAUUAUGUUAGUCCCAUCCUCAAAUGGAUCUCCCACAUUUACUAGUGGGGGCUUGAACUGUGGUGCCUCUUCUGCUUUCUCCUUUCCUAGGUCUUGGACUGGUUGGAGAGCUGGGGCCUCUUCUCCAUAUAAAGAGCCUACCCUAUCUAGUGUGAAAUUCAGCUUUUUACUUCUGCUGCUG